ACUUUUGAUUCCUCUUUUCUGAGACAUCUUGUAUAAACCACAUUUGUUUCUUGCUACAUAGCUGUCUCCAGUUGUGCAAUAUUUGCAUGUUUGUUACCUAAGGAGCAGGAAUGGCGAAGUGAAACUAUACAGGCCCCUCGCACACUUUAAAAGGUGAGACGUGUGUCGUAGGGCAUCAAGAAGACGGCACAUUUGAGGACAGCAGAGGAGAGAAGGUAACGUGCCUUCAUGAUAUUUCAGCAUAUAUCACGUCAUUCUUACUUUUGAACUGUUCAUUUAAUUUGCUCGCAUUGAUGUUAACCUUGAUAGUUGAACGAAUUGAAUAUCUUAACCUUCAUAUUACUUUAAAUCAUGCACCUCCUAAUUGAUUUUUGUGUUCUUACUUCCUCCAUGAUGCAGUCACUGUCUGGUUCACUUACCAACAUAAACAGAAAAUGCCGUCUCGUCGAAAUAUGUGCCUGCUGUGGCUUCUCCUACUUCUCCAUGUCUGUGAAGGGGCAUUCAGAGUUGACCUGUUCAAAAACACAGCCCAGCCACAGGAGGGUGACGUGAGGCUGGUUGGUUCCAAAAGUCCUGCGGUGGGCCGUGUGGAGGUCUACCAUGACAGCAAAUGGGGGACAGUGUGCGACGAUGGCUGGGACAUGGCUGAGGCCCAGGUGGUGUGUCGGCAGCUCCACUUCCCUGGAGCAAAGUCUUUUGACAUCGGCCAGGACUAUGGACAAGUCACUGGCCCCAUUUGGCUGGAUGAUAUUCAGUGUAAUGGCAACGAGAAACAUCUGUUCAAUUGUGGGUUCAAAGGCUGGGGAGUAACCGACUGCACCCAUAAAGAGGAUGUUGGCGUUACUUGUGAAACCGAGGACAUGAGUUUGGGAGAUGCUAGACACUUGCUGGACCACACUUUCAGUCUCUCCGACGACCUUGGUAAAACAUUUGACGACCAACGUGGCUGCGACUUUCUGAUCAUAGUCAAGAGUGCCUCUGGAAACAAAAUGCAGAAUGGGACUCUGGAGAUGUUGGAAACGCAGAUCGGCGCCCACAAAAUGAUGCUCUCACCGUUCCCACUCUUUAAUGCUACUGAGGACAUUUAUAGCAUCACUGUGGAUGUCAGCCUCUCCUGCCGACCAUAUUUCUCCUCCUUUAUUAGGUACCUUUACACACGCAAGAUAAGCGUGACCUUGUCCUCUGUGCAGUGCAUCCACUGGAUGGCUUCUAAGUUCGAGGUGAAGCAGCUGGUAGAGGACUCAACCAGGCUCUUCACUCAAGUCCUCCCAGAGGACCCUUUGUUUCACACUCAGCUAUCCCUUUACAAAUAUGCAGAGGAGACUGGGGACUUGGUUCUCCGGGAGAAAUGCAUCCAGUACCUGGCCUGGAACUUCGUGAACCUGACCACAUCUCCAGCAUGGGAAGACAUUUCCGCGGAGCUCUUUGGAGUCAUUCUCUCCCGCUCAGACGUGGUGGUGCCCGGCGAGUUUUUUUUGCUCCAACGUGUAGAGAGCUGGAUCACAGAGAGGGGCGACGCCAUCAGUUUGAAAAGCCAGGUUGACCUCCUGAACCGCAUCCGUUUCCCCAUGAUCGCCGUGGAGAAACUGUAUGCACUUGAGGUCAACUCCUCCCUUUACAGCACUCAUCAAAAACUAUAUCAUGACAACAUGUUGAAAGCAUUCCAGUUUAAUGUUCUGCUCUUGAGCAACCUUAUGUCCAACCCAAAGUUUGACAACACUGAUGAGGAUUACCAGCCAAGGCUCUACACAGAUCCAUGGAGCAUUGCUGUUACCUCUAAUCAUCAAACCAGAACAUUCAGCACACCUAUCCACAACAGCCUGAUCUUUCAGGGUAAAAAGGCUGGCUGGGGGUUAGGCAUCUUCACGAGUCAGUAUCAAUGUUCAAACCAAGGGCUGCGCUGCAAGUCCCUCCCCAUGGUGAGGAUGAUACCCCAGAGCGACUACAGUAGGUACAAAGUUAUCUUUCACAAUCGUCUUCUGCUGAUGUGCCAAGGCAAGUACAUCUGUGAGGUCCAGGGUUUCAAGGACAACGUGGGCUAUAUCAGUGAAAAUUCGACCGUUGGUCUUUCCUAUCCCUGUCCUGACAACAAGUACACCUACCGCUUUGUAGUGAGACCAGAGUAUAUCGUAGCCUGAUGAAUCCUUCCAUAUGAUCACUCUGUUGCUUGUAAUCAACAUGGUCUGUGUAUCUAAAUAUGUUCUCACACUUCUGCAUUGAUUCAGCGAUUUGAAGCACUUGAUAUCGUUACCUGCUUUUUAAAAUGAGAAAUAAAACAGUCUCUCAAUUG